AUGACGGUGAAAAACAAGUAUCUCGUGCCCCUAAUCGUGGACUUAUUCGACCAUCUACAAUCAUCGAAGAUCAUGUCCAAACUUGAUCUAUGCAAGGGAUAUUAUCAAGUGAGGAUUAAAGCAGAGGACGAGCCCAAAAUGGCUAUCACCACCAGUACCGAUGGUUCAUUAGCUGCUCUGCUAACCGAUCUACUAUGCAAGGACAAAACAUGGACGUGGACACCCGAGUACCAAGCAACAUUCAAGACGUUGAAGGAUGCUGUGAUGAAGGAGGUGGUGUUGACACUGCCCAAUUUUGAUAAAUCGUUCGAGAUGCACACCAAAGCAUCCGACUUAGCCUUUGGUGGUGUAUUGAUGCAAGACGAUCACCUUAUUACUUAUGAGAAUCAUAUGUUUAGCGACAUAGAAAAAUGGUGGCCGACGCAUGAGAAGGAAAUAUUAGAGGUCGUGUAUUGUUUAUGA